CCUCACACACAGGUGAAGUGGCCCCGCCCCCCCCUCUCCUUCCGUUCACACCUGUUCACAGCAGGUGGUUAUCAGCCUCCUCAGGGACAGAAACACAGAGAGGAAACUGCAGACAGAGAGCGUUAAAGCUAACGGUUAGCACAGCGGCGCUGACGCUUCCCCUCGUCUGCCCUGCAGCGGCCGCAGGAUGAUGGCGGAGGCAGCGGCCCAAGACCUGUUCUCCGAGCAGGAGCUGACCUGCUCCAUCUGCCUGGAUCUGUUCAGCGACCCGGUCUCCACUCCCUGCGGACACAACUUCUGCCAGGUGUGUAUCGGGGGUUACUGGGCGUCCAGUCCGGUCUGCACCUGUCCCCUCUGUAAACGGCAGUUUGAUGAACGUCCUCAGCUCAGCGUCAACAAAGUCUUCGCUCUCAUCGCGGAUAAAUACAAACUGGCUCGUUACGGUGCCGCGGGGUUACCGAUGCCGGUCAGGAACGGGACGCCGGCGGGCGCCGUGACGGCGAUCACGGACACCGGCAGCACCAACCCUUUUCUGACGGCGUCAGGUGAGGAGGUGGUGUGGUGUGACGUCUGCACAGGUGUUAAACAGCCUGCUGUCAGCUCCUGUCUCACCUGCACUGCCUCAUACUGCACUGAGCACGUGCAGCCGCAUCAGACCACGCCCUUCUACGCCAAACACCCACUGAUGGACCCCCAGGAGGCCCUCAGGGGCCGCACCUGCUCAACACACCGCCGCCUGCUGGAGGUGUACUGUCGGACAUGUCAGCGCUGUAUCUGUGCCAUCUGUGUCCUGGAGGAACAUCGAACCCACAAAACCGUCUCCGUCCAGACCGAGAGACUCAUCAAACAGAAACAGGUGGCGAGGACGGAGCAGGAGAUCCUGAACCGGAUCAAAGAGAAAGAGAUUCAUGUGACUCAGCUGAAGAGGAAACUGGAGGGAGUGAAGAACUACGCAGACGGCGAGCGCAGCGAGGUGGAAAACCUCCUGGACGAAGUCUCCAGCUCGCUGGACAGGAUCCGGUCUCAGGUGGUGGGCGGGAUCGAGAACCAGCUGGAUGCUGUGAUGUCAAAGGGGGAGGGGCUGGUGAGCCGUCUGGAGGCGGAGCUCAGCCAGCUGUUGGACAGGAGGGCCGCGCUGGAGGUCCAGGCCAUCAGUCAGGAUCACAUCGGCUUCCUGCAGAGUUACGAGGAGGCCACAGCUCCUCUGGCCGAGGAUCAGCAGGACGAGGAUGAGGAGUUCUCCCUUCACUUCCAGCUGGGGGAGGUGAAGAGCUCUCUGUCCGAGGUGAAGGACAAGAUGGACGACAUCAGGAUGGGGGAGGUCCCUUCCACAAGGUCCACAGGGUCCAGAGGGUCCAGAGGCUCGGUGUCGUCUGGCGAUCUGAUGCUGGCGGAGAGCAUGCUCAGUCUGAGAGGAAGCAGCGUCAGUUUGAAGAAGAGUCAGUGGUCUCUGAGAGAUCUAAAGAAAGUCAAACCGGUCUCAGGACACAAAAAGGCGCGAGUCUACAUGGAGGACGUGACCUUGAACCCGGUGACGGCGUACCCCUUCCUGAUCCUGUCGGAGGACAGGAAGCAGGUGAAGAGAGGAGAAAAGCUGCAGUUCUACAGAAACAGUCAGCAACGCUUCGACGUCUGGUCCUGCGUCACCGCUAAAGAGGGAUUCGGCACCGGACGACACUACUGGGAGGUGUUUGUUGGGGACAGUAAGGACUGGAAGCUGGGCGUGGUCAGUGAGUCGGCUCAGAGGAAAGGUCUGUUUGACAUGAGUCCCUCUAACGGAUACUACGCCAUCUGGUGGAGCGGCAGCCAGCUGCGAGCGCUCACCGCACCGCCUCUUACCAAGGUGAAGAGUCCCCCCAAACUGCGCCAGGUGGGCGUGUUCCUGGACGUGGACGAGGGUCAGGUGUCCUUUUACAACGUGAAGUCCGGCUCGGAGAUCUACAGCUUCACCGGAUCCAGCGAGUUCACCGAGAGGAUGUUUCCUCUGCUGGGCACCGGGGACAAGGAGGUCCCGCUGGUCCUCAUGACCACACAGCACCACCUGGCCUGAGGGACCGGACGGAGACAAGGGGGUCAAGACCUGAGGGGGGGGGGGCGGCACUGGGACGUUACCGGCCGUUGGCGGCCAUGUUGGAUGAAACAUAGAGCAGCGUGUCGCUGUUACCACGGCAACACUAUCUCCUUAGUUCUCGUUGUUAAAGGUUCCUCACUGUCACGGGACGCGUCGGCAGGUUUAGUCCCGUUUCUGGAGUUUGGCUUUCUGGGAAAUGGAGGCAGGAAAUCCACAUUUUGGCGGCAGUGAGGAAGCUUCUGUUACUGAGACCAGAACCAGGUCAGAUACCUGAGACCUGCGCGGAGACUCGGAGCUCACUAACUGAGUAAAAUGUUAUAAAAUCUAUUAACAAAUGUUGUAUUAAUUAAUAAAUUAUUAAAUCUCGUGUUGAAAUGUUACUUUAUUAUUGUCACAAUAACAAAAAUUUGCAUCUCAAAAUGACAGUUUUUUUAAGUCUGUUUUUUAUUUCAUAACGUCACCUUUAUUGACAGUGGAGUUGUCUCCGCCCCCCUCACCUUUCAGCCAAUCGUGAGGCAUCGCUGACACCCCCUUUGUCACCUGUUGGAACUGUUUUAAUGAACGUGAGCAAAGCUGUUGAAUAAAGACGUGUCACAAAUA